AUGGACGUCAACGGGAGACUGAGGAUGAGGGACACGGUGCUGGCGCUCUUCCUCGCCGUCCUCCAGGGGUUUCCUCUCGGGGAAACGGCCCCGAACCCGUCGCCGCUGGUUGGAUCCAACUGGGGGAACCCGAGGAGAUAUGUCCACCUGCAGACCUCCACAGACCUCAGCAACUUCUACUUGGAGAUCAGACUAGACGGCACUGUGCGCAGAACCACAGUCCGGAGUUCAUAUAGUGUGAUUUUACUGAGAGCUGAAACCAGGGAGCGCGUUGCCAUCCUGGGCGUCAAAAGUCGCCGUUACUUGUGUUUGGAUUCGGAGGGCAACCCAUUCAGCUCGCCCAUCUGCCUCAGGGAUGACUGUCUGUUCAACCACAGACUUCUGGAGAACAACCGGGACGUGUACUUCUCCAGCCGGACCGGCAUCCUGUUCAACCUGGAGGGCUCCCGGCAGGUGUUCUCAGCGGGCCAUAACCUCCCGCAAACCUCCCUCUUCCUGCCCAAGCAGAACACGGUGCCGCUGGAGCGCCUCCUGCUGCACCGGGAGAAGAGGAACCAGGUGGUGGAUCCCUCCGACCCGCACAACGCCUACCUUGGGCGGACCGAGGAGGGCUCGGACUCUCGGGCAGUUCCGGAGGACGACGCUGAUCCGGAAAUGGAGGUGGAGGUGGAGGCCGGAGACGACGUGCGCACCGUGUGCCGGGAGACGCCGCUGGCUCCGUCUAGCAACGACCCGUGGAACGUGCACUCGUCCAACCCGGCCAGCCCCCGGAGCACCGGGACCAUGGGCUGA